AUCUGUAACUGUAGUUGCGAUUUACGCAAAUUAACUUAAUAAUAGGCGCAAUAUUGAAGCAAUAGUGAGGGUACCCCUGCCUUGCACUCCAGAAAGGCAACGAGUCACAAAAUCUUUUUCCGCUUUCCAAGAUGAAGGAAUAUGAUUAUUUAUUUAAAAUCAUUAUCAUUGGCGACAGUGGCGCAGGGAAAUCUUCCCUUCUACUUCGAUUUGCGGACGACACUUACAGCGAGUCAUAUAUGAGUACCAUUGGUGUAGAUUUUAAAAUCAAAACGGUUAAGAUUGACAACGUGACCAUCAAGUUACAAAUUUGGGAUACCGCAGGACAGGAAAGAUUUAGAACCAUUACUUCUACAUAUUACAGAGGAGCACAUGGUAUCAUAACUGUGUACGACGUCACUAGUCGUGUAUCAUUCGAGAGUGUAAAGAAAACAUGGCUUGUCGACAUAGAAAAGUACUCUAGCGCAAACAUAUCGAAGCUCCUAAUCGGAAACAAGGUUGACUUGGAAGAUUCACGAGCUGUGACAUACGAUGAAGCACGAGAAUUCGCGGAACAAAACAAUAUGGAUUACAUUGAAGCUUCAGCUAAAACAGCACAAAAUGUAGAAAAGGCAUUCGAGUCAAUUGCAAGAGCUCUAAAAGAUAAAGCAACCAGAUGUACCACUCCAGUAGCCGCUGCAAAUACCUUUAACCUGGGAAGUACAACUCGUGUGUCAACAAACAGGAACAUGUCCGACAAGUGUCAGGAGGUACCCGUUGUAGGACCCAUGGCAGCGCCCUUUAGCAAAUGCGCUUAAAUUGGUGCAUUAAAUUGGAAAAUAGUGUUCAAACAUUUUUUGUAAUUGUAUUUUAUAAUG